UCGUUUACACAGCACCGGUUACACCGGUCUGUUAGAAGUUCAAUUGAUUGUGUUAUGUCGGAAUACUUACUCUGCGUCCAGCAUUUCAAAUUCCAGCCAAAAAUCUUUUAUUAAUAUGAGAUCCAGAGCUGUUGACUGAUUCCAUCCGCAUUUAAGUGCUUGGAUUACUGUCCCAGAAGAAUUUGCGUUAAAGAAACUGUAAAUUCAAGUAUAUUUCUUACAUGGCAGGAAACUUGAUUUUCAGAUGUUUUCUAAUUUUAUUUUAAGAUUAUCAUCAUAUCAGAAUCUAUUCAGUUAAAUAUUAUUUUGUAAAGCUGACAUUCCAACUUGCUGAAACGUGUCACCUAUUAUUUGUAUCUUAACUUGUAUAUGGGGGCUGGUGUUGUGAAGGCUGAAGGGAGGGGGAGGCAACCUUCUAAUUUAUCUCCAAGUUAUUUUUCACCAAGCCAUGCACCCAGAACUGAUGCAGCAGCUGUUUUAAGUAACCAACCUGGAAUGUCUUGUGAGUCCUGCACUGCUCAGUUCAAUACAUUUAAGAGAAAGAAAACCUGUUGCCACUGUGGUCGAUAUUUCUGCUCGUCUUGCUGCCAGCGACAAUGGAACAAUAUACAGCCUGUUCGGCAGUGUCAUAAGUGUCAGAUUUUAGCUUCUGGAAAUUUUACUCGCAGUGAUUUGAUGCAGUGGAAAAUCAAAGAUUUACAAGUGUUUCUCAAUAAGAAAAACAUAUCUACAAACACCUGUACUGAAAAAUAUGAUUUGGUUGAAUUACUUGUGUGUCAUUUUGGUCAGGAAACUUACCAGCCACCACACACAUACUUCCGAUAUCAACUUGAUAUGGAAUCAGAUGAAGGGCGCGUUCAUCCUCGAAUCUCUUCUAAUGGAGUUGAAGAUUCUGCCGAGGAAGAAUCGCAAGAGGGAGGCAGCAUGCAUAUCUACACAUCACACAGUCGUAACAAUCACACCAGUGAAGGAUUAAGUAGUAGCGCUACAUUGAUAACACAAUCUUGGGAUAACAGUCAGGGAAGUCGAUUGCCAUUAAGAUCAACCAACGAUACUGCACAGAGUUCCAGCCUGCCAUGUUUUUCACCGUCCAAACCUGCAUAUAUUAAUCUUAACACCAUUGACAAUAUAGAAGCAGUUGCUAACUUGACUGUCAAAGAAUUAAAAGAAAUACUUUCGUUUCAUUUUGUUGACUAUAAGGGGUGUGUAGAAAAAUGGGAACUUUUAGACAGAGUUCGGAGAUUAUGGGAAGCUCAGAGACAACAGAAAAAAGACCCAGAUUCUCCAGUUUUAAAUGAUGAUGAAAUGUGCAAGAUUUGCAUGGAUUCCCCAAUAGACUGUGUCCUUUUGGAGUGUGGUCAUAUGGUGUCCUGCACCCAGUGUGGCCGUAAACUUAAUGAAUGUCCAAUAUGCCGACAGUACGUAGUACGUGCAGUGCAUAUAUUCAAAGCCUAAGGGAUUUCUAAGAUAAUAAUCAGUUAUGUAAUUUAUGUAUAACUAUGGUCCAAUAUUAAAUAUAGACUUGAACGAAAACAUUUUGAGGUGGAAAAAAAGGCAAAAAUCCAUUAUUUUACAGUCAGUCUCUUUAUGAUUCUGAUCUUUUUAUUUACUAUUACGAAAAAAAAUGGCCAUUUUCUUGAAUUUAAUUUUCCCCAUCACUAUGAUUUUUUUUUCAUGAAACAUUCCUCCAGUAUCCAAUCAUUUUUUUAAAACCCUUUAUGUUACAUCUUUCACAUUAUGUGGAAUUAAAUAAGUGUUAAGCACUUACUUUAAGAAAGGAAAGUAAGUAUUAUUUCAUAUUCAUUUUAAAAUCUAUUUUUCCCAUGCUGGCAUGGGUUGGAUGGAUCUGCAAUACAACAUCUUUUUCUGGGUCUCGAUAUUAUGUCAUCUCAUCUGUGAGGCUCAACAUUCUCAGGUUUGAUCUAACUACUUCUUCCCAAGUCUUCCUUGGUCUACCUCUACUGCGGGUAUUUUCCACCAUCAACUCACAGUCCAUUUUCAUCCUGCAUGCAUCAUCCGUCAGCAUUAAAUGUCCAUACCAGCAUAGUUCUCUCUUUUUUCUGCCCACAUCGACCAAUGCCUUUGAUGCCCAGUUGCUUUCUCAACCCACUCAUGUCCAACAUUUUAUGUCAAUAACUAUUGCACAUCAAGCAGGUCAUACUCAAUUCCUUCCUUAACCAAUUGCUACAGAUCCUCUGCAUUCACUGCCAUACAAGCAUACCAUUUCUGACACAUGCUUUAUAGAGUCUGCCUUUCAUAGGUAGAGAAAUAUUUUAUUUCCAUCAGAGGCGGCAGUUUUCUAAGCUUCUUUCAGACCCUUAUUUUUUUUUUUUUUACCUUGAAUCAUACUGUCUCCAGAUCCAUUUGAAACAUUGGUAACACUUAGUUAACAGACCUUACAAUCCUCUUCCACUCAGUCUGCCCCUGUCCUUAUCUUCCAUCAUUGGUCAUACUGUUAGCAUCUGAAGCGCUUAAAAUUUUACUUCCCUGCCAAUCUAUCCGCUAGAGAUGACACAUCUUUUUGCAUUAAUUGCAUGCAAAGAAAACAAACAAACAAAAAAAAAA